UCACUGUCAGCGGGGCAUGCGUGUGUGUUCCAGAACAGCUGGGAGGAGAUGACCGAGUCUGUCCCUCCUGUGCUGCGUUCAUCAUCAUGGGGCCUGAUGUGCCCUUGCUCAACGAUUACAAGCAGGAGUUCUUCUGGAAGCGUUUCCCGCAGACUGUCUUGGGGGGACCGAGGCUAAAACUCGGCUACUGCGCCCCACCGUAUGUCUAUGUGCACCAGCUGGUGUUAUUUCUGACACCAUGGCUGUUGGGAGGCAUCGGGACCCUCCUGUACCAGCUGAGGGUGCUGGAUGAAGCCUUUGCAGGUGUUGUUUCCAGUGUGCUCAUGCUGAGUGUUGGUGCCACCCUUCAGGGACUGGCACGGUGUAUGGCACACAGGACCGGAGUGGUACAAAGGCUGCCUGCUGCCAAUAACAUUCUUGCAGAUGAGGAGGAGGUGGAGUUUACUCACUGUGUGGCUCCUGAGACGGUACAUUUUGUGGUGCCUGGGAAGAAGUUUAUGGGUAAUGUAGUUUUUCACACUUUUCUUGCUGGAGCACUAUGUGGGUUGUCCACAUGGUACCUGCUGCCAGACAGACUGAGCGGCCUGUAUGGGCACACGGGUGCAGGACUGGGAGCUGUCGUGCCUUUGUUUGCCCUGAGCUGGGUGACUGUCUGUAUUGGGGAGUAUUCGCUCAUCGUCAACACGGCUACAGAAACAGCCACAUUUCAGCCGCAGGACACAUACGAGAUCACGCCGCUCACCAGACUGCUCUACAUACUCGCCUUCAUUACCGUGGACCUGGCUCUAAGGUUUUCAGGUUCUGGUGUGGUAGAAUUGCAAGUAGCAGCUCAGGUGCUUCACGUAUUGUUUGUGGUUCUGCCAGUGCUUUGGGCUCUGGGAAUGCUCUCGCCGCUGGACGCUCUUUUGCUCUGGGCCAUGGAACAGACCUUAGUGCACGGCCUGGGUGGGUCAGCCAUGUCCACCAACAUCAGGCUCUUGGUGAUGCUUCUGUCAUCUGUGUGUGUUGCCAUCUGUACCUUCUUCAUUCCCUCCUCAUUGGGUGUGGUUCUGUUCACUGUUGCAAUGGGUUACCUCCUCAGCCAGGACCUGACCCAGCUGCUGGUGCUGGUGAAGGGCACAUCUCCUACCUUGGGUCUGGGCUGGUGGGGACUUCCUCUUUCCCUGAUGUUCAUUAUAGGAGCUUUGACUGAGGCUGGACUCCUUCAUAAGCUUUACUUCAUCAACUCAAGGAAUCUAACGUUGGGUGUGAAUUCUAUAGAGCACUGGGAGUCUUCUAUUGUAGCCCCAAGCCCACAGGAGGUGGUCGGCUGGAUCCUUAUAGCUCUGUUUCUUCUCACUCGUCUGCUGAGAGAGCUCCAGGGGGCGUGUGUGCUGGGAGGUGCCAUGCUCAACCCACUGUAUCCCAAACGGGUCACGACUGCCCAGGCUUUCAGGCAGAAGACCCGAGGUCUGCGUGUCGCAGGGAUCAUCCGGAGGAUCCUAUUGAACCUCGUGAGUCCGCUGGCGAUGAUUGCGUUUUUGUCUGUGGAUGAAUCUCUAGAGAAAGUGCACACGGCCUCUCUCGCCAUUGGCUUCACACGGGCAUUCAGGAUGGUGUGGCAGAGCUCUGAGGCUGCUUUGCUGCAGAUGGUGUUGGUGGUGAUCAUCAGACUUGCAGGGGGGCACAGAGUCGCACGCUGGAAUGAGUUGGGCACUACAGUGCAGCUGAUACUGGUCUCUCUAUUUGUGAAUCGUGUAUCUCAGUUUGUAUGUAAGCUGAGUUUUGCUCUUACGGUAUUGAUCACGUCCUGGACGGAGAGUAAACAGCGUCGUCAGUCGGCGGGAACUCUGCUAGCACUCAAUGCUGCUCUAUUCCCAGUUUUGCUAGGUGUUGUGGCUCUCUCUGCCCUUCUAUCUGCCCCUCUCCUUCCUCUCUUCACACUACCGGUGUUCCUGGUGGGAUUCCCCAGGCCGCUGCGCUCGUGGCCAGGCACCCCAGGCACUGCCUGCCCUUGCCCAGAUUCUGUAUAUUACCAGCAGCUCUGCAAAAGACUUGCAUCUGCUAUCAGACCUGCAUUUGCUAGUGGUGCAUUUGCUCACACAGUAGAGCAAAGCGCUAACAAUGCCAAAGUCAUGGAUGAGUCCUCCUCAUCCUCUCACUUGAGGGGGCAAGACAGCUCCAGCCUCUCAUCCUUUGCGGAUUGGUCCGAUGAGGAUGAUCUAUUCGGUCCAGUCCCCAUACGGCGGCCUAUAAGAAUGAUGGUACGGACAGAUGAAGGACAGACCGAGGUAGGGUUAGGAGUGUCUCUUCCAGGUUCUGUAGAGAUCCACAGCCUGUACGAGAGCAUGGCUCUGUCUUCUCUCCCCACCCUUAGACCUCUGGGUCUGGGUUUGGGGCUCGGCCUGCCCAUUGUAGAUAAAGGGAAAGAUAACAUCCCUUCACUUACUUCAACUACUGUCCUGAGAAACUCCCAGCCUCUCCACUUCACAAGCUCUCACUCAGAGCUCUUCUCUCUGCCUCCAGAAUGGCGGACCGCCCAGUUGGCUUCCUCCAAACUCCAGGUUCUGCGACCCUGCUUCCCAGAGGCUUGGUUCUGCUUUUGUUUGUCCCAGCUGGUGCUGGAGAGUUUCGGGGAGGGAGACUUUGAGCAGGUGACACUGGGUUUGCAGGAGGACCAUGCUCUGCGGGAGCUUUAUACCCAGGUUGUGCUAUCGUGUUGUGUGGCACUGGGGGCAGAUGCUCAGGUGUUCAGCCCCAAUCUGCUGUUCAGGCUGUACUGUGGGGACGGCCCCUGGACCGAGGGACUCGAGUGGCUCCGAGCCAAUAAAGAGCUGCAUCAGCUCACACUCAGGGCUUUCAGGUACAGUGUAAAACUCUUGGUAGACCAGGCAUCUCUUGGUCCGGUAGAGAGUCUGGAUGAGCUCUACACAACUUUGCAGGAUUACCAUGAGAAUUGGUUCAUUGGCCUGGUAACAGACUGCAGUUGGCAAGACAGUGUUGCACAAGAGAAGCCCUUCCUAUUCUCUCUCGGACACGAUCUCACCAUGGGGACAUAUACGAGCCGUGUGUUGUCCCUGCAGGAGAAUCUAGUCCAGGUAGGAGUUUUGAAUGAGGAGGGUGUGAGGGGCCAGUGGGCCAACCUGUCAUGGGAGCUACUAUAUGCCACUAAUGAUGACGAGGAGCGCUACAGCAUUCAGGCACAUCCUGUGAUGCUGAGGAACCUAACUGUUCAAGCAGCUGAUCCACCUCUGGGAUACCCCAUCUAUUCAUCCCCACCCAUCCAUUUACACUGCUUAUGAUAAUCACCUUCAUUUGUUUACCCACACCGCUUCAGAGAUCAUGACACACAGGGAUGCUACCAGCACAUGAAUUUCACAGUCAGAAGUUUCUGCAUUUCAUUUCUUCAUUCAGAGUAUGGUCAAAUAUUUUAUUGAAAGUAUGAAAAUUGUUAGUUUUAGUGACAUUUGACUUUUGAAAGAAAUGCAUGAAUUUAUGAAUGUCAGCAGCUAGUAAAUGUGCAAAAUCCUCUCCAAACUCAUUGAGACACAGAGCCCAGUUUAAAUUUGUUCUCUAGAAAGUGUGCUCUAUUUUCUCAACAAUGAACCCUUGGGUGUCCUUGACUGAAUCUCACCUCACAUUGCUACCAUUUCACAUUUUUAUUUUUUGUAUUUUUUCACUUUCUUGUUAAGCAUCCGUCAAGAGCCCUAAAAAGGAGAAACAGGAAAACCGUUGCUCUUUUAAAGAACCUGUUUGUCAGAUCUCAAGGAUGUGCCUUGGUUACUAUAUUCCGUGGUUAUAAUAUUUUUUUUGUUCAUGUGACCACCUGGCACCUAUGGCUAUGGCACCUUUGUUCAUCCUAUUUGAGCUCCGUCUUUAUACGGUUGUGUAAUUGUAUGUAUAGAAGUAAUACAAAUGUUUUGUAUAAAUACUUUACUGUCUUUUUUGUUCACACAAACUUAAAAUGUUAGAAUAUUACAUUCUAUUUAUAACUGAUGUACAACAUUUUAAUACAGAAAACACAAAGAAAACAAAUCAUCUGCCCAUGCAUUUUUAAGAAUGUACCAUUUGUCUUCUUGCUAUUGAUACAGCAAGCAAAAUAUAAGGUGUUUUCAUAUUUAUUUAAUGACAGUGAAAUGUCUGGGUGACUUUCCUGGGUCCUUCUGGUAAGGAAUUCACAAAUCAGUGUUUCCUGAAAUUAGAUUUUCAAGUUGUCUUGACCUUAGGCUUGCUGAAAUAUGCAGAGUCU